GCGUGUUUAGUCAACCUGGUGGCGCUGAACAACCAACUGUCGGCAGCGGAGAAGCUGCCAGCCGACCUCGAGGAACUUACGGUUUCGGUGCAGCGAACCUGCACUGCCGUCGGUCGCGUUGUUCCACGUUUAUCCUGGAUUGUUUUCGUGCGUUUCCACUGUAUAUUUAAAAUUCGAGCGAUACGUGAUAAGUGCAUAAAUUCCAUCGAAAAAAGUCAUUACACCUGGCGUCGCGAUGGUCAGCAAGGAUCCGAAGUUGGUCACCGCGGAGAUGGCAAACCCCUAUCUUAAACCACCCAGCAUGUCAACGAGUCAGUCUUUAAAGACUUUUAUUUACAAUGGUGAAACUGGUGCCGUCUUAGGCAGAACAGCCAGUAGCUGGGGUAAAAUAGGAUUGUUCUAUUUGAUAUUCUAUGGAGUACUGGCUGCAUUGGUUGCAAUUUGCUUCUGGGGCUUCUUUCAAACAUUGGAUCCAAGGAUACCGAGGUGGCAGUUAGAGCGUUCAAUAAUCGGAACAAAUCCUGGAUUAGGAUUCAGGCCACAACCACCAUUAGAAAAUGUGGAAAGCACAUUGAUUUGGUACAGAGGAACAGACAGUGAAAACUAUAAAUAUUGGGUUGAUUCUUUGCAGGCAUUUCUAAAAGACUAUAUAACACCAGGCUCGGUUCCUGGUCUUGGUGCAAACAUUAAUAAGUGCGACUACAAUCAACCUCCUCCUCCGGGUAAGGUCUGCGACGUUGACGUUAAGAACUGGAAUCCUUGUACUAAAGAGAACCAAUACAAUUACCAUAAAUCCGCUCCAUGUAUAUUUCUUAAGCUGAAUAAGAUAUAUGCCUGGAGACCAGACUUUUACAAUGAUACAGAAUCAUUACCAGAAAAUAUGCCAUUGGAUCUCAAGGAGCAUAUUGCCAGUUUAAAAGCGAACAAUUCUUUGCAACUCAAUACAAUUUGGGUAUCUUGCGAAGGAGAGAGUCCAGCAGAUCAAGAAAAUAUAGGACCAAUUCAUUAUAUCCCACGAAGAGGUUUCCCAGGUUACUUUUAUCCAUUUGAAAAUUCUGAGGGUUAUCUCAGUCCAUUGGUAGCUGUUCACUUUGUUCGACCUCGUACUGGCAUUUUAAUAAACGUAGAAUGCAAAGCGUGGGCGAAAAAUAUAAAACAUAAACGUCACGAGAAAUUAGGUGCAGUCCAUUUCGAGUUGAUGAUAGAUUAACGUUGUUUGCAUAACUGUCCUGGCCUCUUUGUUAAUAUACAGAAACUGGAUGAGAAUCUCAUGUUUUCUGACUUUUCAACACAGCUGGACGCUUUUGAAGCCGCCAGAAAAAGGUAACCGCUGCCAAAGUGGAUGAAACUUUUGUCGAGUACAAAGCUAAAAGGAUUUUUGAUAUUGCUAUGAUCAAAAAUCAAAUCUAUAUCAAUUUCUAGGCCCCAAAAUAUAUAUAGAUUACAUUAUUAUUCUACAGUUUUAAAUAUAUUCAUAUAACUUUAUUGGGGAUAAUUUUGUUCAACUUAACACAAAAAACAAAUAUAUUUAUUGUAUGAAUAUAUUCUAACGAUAAAUGGUAAUUGAAUGAUACUCAUAUGGUAAAUGUUAACAAUAAAUAUUAGAUGUAUCUCUUUUUCUCGGUGUUAUAAUUAAAUGUAAUGGACAGCUUAUGUACCAUGUUCUCGGUUCUAUUGUUGAAUCACUUAAAAUUUUUAUUUGUUCUAUUAAAUUUGUUUUAGAUAAUAUGAAUAUUUUUUACUUAAAAUCAGUAUCAAUUAUUGACAAACUUUAAUGUAAUUAAAGAUCUGAUUUUAAUAUUUAAGAAAGUAACAACAAUUUUAAACGUGCCUUACAUAAAUCUGAUUAUUAGAAGAUUGAGUACAGAUAACUCUCUGCUUAGAAGAUAGUUAUCAACAUUUUUAUCGUGAAAAUUCAUGUGUACUAAUGCUUAUUUAAAAAACAAAAAUAGAUCUCUUAAACGUGACAAAGAUAAGUAUGUAAACGUAUCAUAUGUGUAUACAUGUAUUUUUAUAGAUAAGAUUUUAAAUAACAGAUGGUCAUCGUCUAUUUCUAUUACAUUUAAUUUAAAACGUUUAGAAAAUUAUUCGAAAAGCAUAUUCGUUUAAAGGAAUUAUUUAGACGCGAUCAUAUUAUAGCAAAAUUACAUAUUUAAUCUUAGUUUCACUUUAAUGAAAUUCAAUACUUUCAUGAAAUAAAAUAUAAAUCGAUGUAGAGAAGUUAAUGAUUUUUUUAAAUUGUUGCAAUUCUUUUAAUUUAUUACUGCAUUUAUCUUUCAUUAUUAAAACGGGUAAUAAAGUGUUAUUGUUAUAAAAAAAAAAGAAUAAAAAUAUUGGAGAUUAUUGACAUACACUGAUAGAAUUAAAUUAAAGAUUAUAAUUUGAUCAAGAAACUGACUGUCUUGAAGUUUUUUCAAAAUCUCAUACAAUUUUUAAAAAACUUUUGCAUACUUCAAUUACAAUAAAACAUUGUAUGAACUAUUCUAUUUUUAGAGUGUCAUUUAUACAUAUUUGUAAAUAUAUUUAGAAAAUUUGUGUGUAUAUUUAUAAAAUGAUCACACAAAAUUCUAAUGUGUCAUUGUGUAUUUGAAAAUAUAUUGUAAUGAUGUAUGACUUACAGCUAUUAGGAUACAUUUAAAAUUGUGAAAAGAUAAUUAUGUACGUAAUACGAUAAAUGUAAUGGAAGUCUAAAGUCAGUUUCCUGUUUUAGAAAUACUUUACCUGUGUGCUAAAAAUAAAUCAUCGUUUUACAGAAGAUGAAA